AUGGUCAAGUCAACUUUAGAGGUGAAAAGAAGAGGUUGGGCAAGAGCAAUGAGCACUGCUUUAAGUGUCAAAGAAGAAAACACCAUGACGAAUAUGAAAGGAGUUCAAUGCAGCAAAGAGUUGUAUUUGGACCCGAGUUGUUCAACUCAUAUGACGGGGAGGAAAGAUUGGCAUAUUAAAAUCAAUCGUGCCAUGAAGAAAAAAGUGAAAUUCACGGAUGACACCAUUCUAGCGGCCGAUGGGAUCAGGUUACAAGAUUCACAUGGAAAACAUGGGCUGCACGUUGUGGAUGCAAAAGAAGCUUUGGUCCUUAAAACACAUAUGGCUAGCAAUAGAAUCCUUAAGGUUGAGCUGAAGGACUGGUUUAUAACUGUGAUAUUUUUGAUUGUAUUUUGCAACUCAUGGAUUGCAUUUGGUGAAAAUACCUUUGAUGUACUUAAAUAUGGUGCCAAAGGAGAUGGCACUUCUGAUGAUACACAAGCCUUUGAGAAAGCAUGGAAUGAUUUAUGUGGAGCAAAUCAAGGGACUCCAACUCUUGUUGUACCAUCUGGACAUACAUUUCUUGUGCAUCAAACAAUUUUCAAAGGUCCUUGCAAAUCUAAAAAUCUUCAUAUUAAGAUUGAUGGAAAUAUACUAGCACCAAAGAGAAAUGCAUGGGGUUCAUGUUCAAAAAGAUGGCUUCAUUUUCAUACUGUCCAUGGGAUGACAGUCGAUGGAUCAGGAGUGAUCAAUGGCAGGGGUGAUGAUUGGUGGAAAAAUUAUAAUGAUCCCAAAGAAUGUGUUGGAUCACCCACGGCUUUAUUAUUUGAAAGAUGCGAUAAACUUCAAUUAAGUGGACUCACUCAUUUAAACGGACCUGGAUUUCAUGUAUACAUUGUCCAUAGCGAAGACGUAACAAUCUCAAAUAUUAAUAUAAAUGCGCCAGCAGAUAGUCAUAAUACAGAUGGAAUUGAUAUCUCAAAUUCAAUUAGGGUUAAUGUUCAGGACUCUAUAAUACAAAGUGGUGAUGAUUGCAUUGCUAUUAAAGGAGGGUCACAAUUCAUCAAUGUCACUCGUGUUACAUGUGGACCUACUACUCAUGGCAUUAGUGUGGGAAGUCUAGGAGGUGGUAAAGAUGAAGAAUUUGCAGAAAGUAUAACAGUCAAGAAUUGCACAUUCAAUGGAGCUUCUAGUGCAGCAAGGAUCAAGACAUGGCCAGGCGGGAGUGGAUACGUUAAAUCCGUCAUUUACGAUCAAAUCAUAGUCAAUAAUGUAGUGAAUCCUAUAGAGAUUGAUCAACAUUACAUGGGGACUCCAGAAAAGAAAGAGGCCCUUAAAGUGAGUGAUGUAACAUUUAGUAAUAUUCAUGGAACAUGCAGUGGUGAAAAUCCUAUUGUGCUAGAUUGUGCUAAGAUAGGGUGUGACAAUAUUAACUUGUCACAAAUAAGCAUUACACAAGUUAAUCCAAAGAAGCCAAGUAAAACAAUAUGCAACAAUGUUAAAGGGAAAACAAAUGUUAAUGUUUCACCUUCCUUACACUGCGUACAAACGUAA